CCCCCUCCUGUCUAUCACACGAGCCGGGAGCUUGGAAUCCUUGUCGUUUCUAGCAUGUUUGGCAUUUUUUGGGUUCCUUUCUCUCUUCCUGAUUACUUUGAGCUUGGAUCGAGCUGGAGAGGAGGAUAGCCCAGAGCUUGGCUGACUCUGAUCAUGGCAAAGGGGGGCUUUUCCUUCAUUUCGCUUCUUUUUGGUGAUCCUUCCAUAGAGGGUGAUCAUGGAUCUCUCGUUGUAUGGGCUGAUCUGGCGUUUUCAGCUUGGGGUCGGACCACUAAGGAGACUGUGGAUCUCUUUACAACUUAUUGGACUGUUUUUACUGUUAAAUAGCCCCCCCAUUCCCCCUUUUUCCUCAUUGUCUAUAAUGAUCAGAUUUUUUAUUUUAUUUUUAUAUAUUUAUAUCACCAUUCAUUGUUCACCAGCCAGAGAAACUUUGAAAACUUCACUUUUUUAUUUAUUUUUUAUUGAUUUGCUCUUUGUUGCCUCCCCACCCACCUCCAUCUCCCCCCAGCCUGUGUUCUGCUCGGUUCCUCUAUCCAUCAGUUGCUGAGUCCUCCUUUGUGGAGUGAGGCUUGGAGGAGCCUCUCCUUACCCUCCUGUAUCAAACAUGGAUCCCAAUGGUUGGAGUGAAGCCGGCAGUCCGGCAGAAAGUACAGGGGACCUGGGAGACUCCAUGGAGAAGAGCUUGGACAAUGACGCAGAAGGAGUGUGGAGUCCAGACAUUGAACAAAGUUUCCAGGAGGCAUUGGCGAUAUACCCACCAUGUGGGAGGCGUAAAAUUAUUCUGUCUGAUGAGGGCAAGAUGUACGGCCGGAAUGAGUUAAUAGCCAGAUAUAUAAAACUACGGACAGGAAAGACGCGCACAAGGAAACAGGUGUCUAGUCACAUCCAAGUUCUAGCACGGAGGAAGUCUCGAGAGAUCCAGUCCAAGCUUAAGGCUAUGAACAUGGAUCAGGUAGCAAAAGAUAAAGCCCUACAGAGUAUGGCAGCCAUGUCUUCAGCACAACUAAUUUCUGCAACAUCCAUUCAGAAUAAGCUAGGAGUACCCAACAUAUCACAGUCCCCAUUCCCUCCCAAUGCAGGGUCUCCAGAAUUUUUCCAGUUCUGGCCUGGAGGAGCUGGCCCACCCCGGCCGACACAAGAUGUUAAGCCGUUUUCCCAGCCUCCAUACCCCAUGCAGCCCGUUGCCCCCCCUCCUGCUGUACCAGGUUAUAAUGCCAGUCCUGCCAGUCUGUCUCCGGUACCUACAGGGCCUGCAUGGCAAGGCCGCUCUAUUGGCACACCUAAGCUGCGUUUAGUGGAAUUCAUGGCCUUUAUGGAACAGCAAGGAGAACCUGAUGCAUUUGUACAUUUUUCUCCACAGUACAACAAGCAUCUGUAUGUACAUAUCAGCCAGUCGAAUCCCUCCUAUAGUGAUGCAUUACUGGAGUCUGUGGAUGUGCGUCAGAUUUACGACAAGUUUCCUGAAAAGAAGGGAGGACUUAAAGAGCUAUAUGAGAAGGGGCCACCCAAUGCCUUCUUUUUGGUCAAGUUCUGGGCUGACCUCAAUACCAGCAUUCAGGAUGAGCCAGGAAUAUUUUAUGGUGUAAGCAGCCAGUAUGAGAGCUCAGAAAAUAUGACCAUCACCUGUUCCUCCAAAGUCUGCUCCUUUGGAAAACAAGUAGUAGAGAAAGUAGAGACAGAGUAUGCUCGGUUUGAAAAUGGACGUUUUCUUUAUCGCAUUCAUCGCUCGCCCAUGUGUGAAUAUCUCAUCAAUUUCAUCCACAAAUUAAAGCAGCUUCCAGAAAAAUAUAUGAUGAACAGUGUGUUAGAAAACUUUACUAUACUACAGGUGGUUACAAAUCGGGACACUCAAGAAUUGCUCCUCUGCAUAGCCUACGUAUUUGAAGUGUCCACCAGUGAACAUGGAGCUCAGCAUCACAUCUACAGGCUGGUGAAAGACUGAGCUAUAGAAAACCCUUCCUUAUGACUCAGCCAUGUGGGACUUGGCUGUCUUUGGCAGUCUCAGAGGCAUCUCACAUUCUCUUUGAGCCUCUCAAACCUUUUCCAAGAUGAAGAGACUAGGGCGAAACAGGGAUGGAACCCUUAAAUAGAAGAAGAAGCAUGGACAUGAGGGGGAAGGGCCAUGAAACCACAAAGACCUCACCCUAACAGAACCUUCUGUGUUUUAUGUUUUGAGCCAAAAGGAAUAUAUAUAAAUAUCUAUAUAUAUAUAAAUAUAAAUAUGUUUGUGUGUGAAACAGUUUCCAAACCUGGAAAACCAUGUAGAAGCCGCAACUGUCAUAAGGUGUUUUGUUUUAUUUUAAAUGUUAUUUUUAUUUUUUACAUAUGUUGCUGCCAAGUGCAUCAGUUCAAGGUACGGCGCCAUUUUUUGAGAAGGCUGUGGAGGAUUCAGUGGGAUAGGAGAUUUGUAUUAACACUCCUUGUCUCACUUUUAUUUUUUUUGCUUCUUGGACCCCACUGAAAUGUAACUCCUGCACUUUCCGUGGUCAAAACUUUGUAGCUAUAUCCACCAUAAUAGCCCACUAAUGUGUUUUUUUUUUUUUUUGUUAAUAGCUUGCACAGUAUUUUAACCUGGUUCACGUUUCAACCUCAUGUUGUGUGUGGCCAGCUCAUAGAACUAAGAGAUCCUAUUUAACAUAUCAGGGAGUAGCAGAAAGCAAAUUCUACUGUGUGGGUUAAAUGCACCUUUUUGGUCUUCGAUGUGUUAAAGUUUAUAAGAAUGCUGAUGCAUUUAAUCUUCAAUAUGGACUUGUGAAGUUUUUGUGGGAAUUCAGAAGGUGGUAUAUAAUGUGACUCAAUCAUGAUUAGUUAAGCCAUUUUCCUUCUUGCCAAGAAAAUGUAGAAUUUUGGUGAAUGGCCAAAGUGAAUAUUGACAACUGGUCCUUGACUGUUUUGUUGAGUAUGAAUGAAAGACCAAUAGAAGUUCAAAUUUUUAUUUUCAUAUUAAAGUGGGCGCUUCCAACAAGUGUCAUGGUGGCACUUCUAACAAGUUACCCUGAGCACAAACAAAGACGUGUCAUGAAGACAAAUGCUAAAGACUUUUGGUAUUGACCAGCUGGACUUUUGUAAAGAAGGACUCUUACAAGGCAUGUAUAUUGACUCUCACCCUCUUGUGUCACAAAUUCAGUGCCUAAAAUUUGAGUGGAAAAUACAUAUUUUUUUGUAUUGAAAACCAAGAUUAUUUUUCCUAGGUGGAUUUGAUAUUGUUAUGAAAAUAACAUACUUGACUGGCAGCCCACAAUCUGCAUGCCUUUCCCUUCCUCCUAAAAAAAAAAAAAAGGCCAAAUCAUUUUUUUCUUUUUUGAGCAUGGGGAAGAAUUGGUCCUUUACACUGCAGUGUGCUGAUUUUGUCUUUUUUUUAUGGUGGUAAAGCUGGAGGUGUAUCAGCAUUUCAUGUGAUUAAUAAUGAUGCAAUAUGGAAUGUGUGUUACUCAUCUCUGCAAACUGUACAUGGGGCAUUUAUUUAUCCACUUUUGUAGAGUUUAGGAGUACUAUGAUCCCUACAGCUUCUGUGAACGUGUCAUGUAAGCCACUACUGUCAUAUGUAUGGACUCAUUUUAAAUUCAUAGAAGGUAGAAGAUAUCACCAUAUUUAGGUCACUUGUUAUUUUGUGGUUGCAGCGUGCCAAAGGUAUCCAUAAACAGGCCAGGUCUGUUGUCCAGCACUUGCCAUGUUAAAGGACAAUUUGGCAGCAGACCUGGGACACCUAAAUUAUAAUCUGGACCAAUCUUGCUGGAGUUUUGUGGUAAUUUGUUUUUGGCGUACAUAGCAUUCAGCAUCAUAACACUAAAACAUGUUCUCAAAUUUGUACUGUUGUCUAAUGUCUGACUGUCAUCUGUAGUUUAUGGGUGCCUUAAAAUUAGCAGAGCUCCUAAACACCAUAUGUAUCAAACCAAAGAUAUACCGGCUAUGGUUAUCUACUGAUCUUCUCUCCAGUGGAAUCUUUUGGUCCCCAGAUACAACCAACCUACUCUUAAUUUAUAGGAUUGCAUAGCUUGCAACCUCCAUUUUGUGCACAAAUUACAGUGUGCCAUAUUCAUUCUUAUUAUAUAGGUCAUAUUUUCAUCCGGAGCCCGUAUUUAUCGAAAUAAAGUCAAGUGCCCAGAUUACAGGCAAUUUUAUUAUACAAUAUGCUUUUAUAGGGAUUAUGGAAGUUUGUGAAGCUAGACAGAAGUGUGGAAUAAGCACUGCAUAAAAAGGGUAUUUAAAUUAUUAUUUUUUUAUCAAUGACAUAGAUUUGUCUUAAUAGAUUGGCUUGUGUAACAUUCUGUUGAAUCUUCUAUUUGGAACUUAAGGUUUUAACUAUCAGAUGCAGGUUUUAAUAAAAGAAAACACAAGCUAAUGCA